AUGAAGGAAGGAGAUUCUGUACAAACGCAGGUCUUUUACAAUCGCUUUAAAGCAGCAGCCACCAGCUACAGGCCGCUGCUUUCUUUGCUUCACCAACGAGUAGAUAUCCACGAAACCUACACAGUCACACUGGAGGAGUUGGAAGGUUUCUUUGUACAUCUUCGGCUGAAACUCUUAUCUUUGCCAGUGUCGACGCAUUUGCAGUCCAUCGUCCACAAAGACUUGGAGAUGAGUCAGCUUGCGCCGGCAACCCGCCAGGCCAGCGCCUACAUUUUGGAGAUCUCGCAGUUGGAGCGCCAGUGCUUUGAGGCAUACUUCGAGCUGAGGCAGCCGCAAGAGGCUUUGAGAUCUUUGAUGGAGACCAUUGCGGACAUUUUCUACCAGACCAUGAGGCCCUUAGUGCUUGCUUGCAACUCCAUCGACUCCUUGAGAGAGAUUGCUGACUGCUUGCAGAUGGAUGUCCUGGAGCCACAGCGGCGCUCGAGCGAUGGACUGGUGUCGUUCCUGGGAGUGGUCUAUCGGCUCCACAAGGAUGUUCAAGAGAAGCUGAUCUACAGAGUGGAGAUGUAUAUCCGAGAUGACAUCAAGGGGUAUGUCCCGAGCAGUUCUGAUAUGGACUACCCGUCUAUGCUAUACAGCUGUGACUCAGAGGCCAAUCAGGAUCCGGAUCCGAUGCUGGGCGAAUUCCGCAAAGGCUGGUUUCCAUCACUGCCCCGCACGCUCUCCAUCCUGGCGAAGAUUUAUCGAGUUCUGGAGAUGUCCACCUUCCAAGGGAUUGCACAGGAAGCAGUGGAUCUUUGCAUGCAUACCUUGAAGGAGGCAUCCCAAGUCCUAGCACGAAGGUCGUUGCCCAGUUCCUCGGAACUGCAGGCAGUGCUACCUUUGGUGCAAAUGAUGGACUCGCAGCUCUUUCUUGUGAAGCAUCUCCUGCUUCUCCGAGAGCAAGUGGCGGCCUUCGAGUGCGAACUGGUGGUCAGUGAGAAGUACUUCAACUUCGGAAAUCUCUGGGAGGCUUUGAAUCUAAAGCUGCCAGAUGGGAUCCUGGGUAUCCUCAAGCCCACCAUCUAUCAAGCUGAGGUAGACAGCAAGAAAGACAUUGAGUCAGAGCUGAAGUCUGCCUGUGAAGCUUUGAUCACCAAUAUCACAGCUCACAUCACUCAGCCAUUGGCCGCGAUGAACAUGAAGAUUGGCAACUUCUUGGCCAAUCCUCAGGUGGAUCGAGCUUCCUUGAAGGAUCAAAGCUUCAUGCAGGAAGAGUUGCGGAAUGUGAUUGGCACUUUCCUGGACACUGUGAAAGUGAAAGUGCCUUUUGCAACCGCGCACAUCCGCCUCUACUUGUCUACGCCGGGAGGCACCGAUGCUUCAAGGAGUACCUCGCCGAUCCUCUUCAAGCCGGUGGAGAUGCGUCUGGUGGAUACCUGGGGACGUUUGGAAGGUCUGCUGGAGGAGCAGAAGUUUACCAGCGAUGAGCUAGCAGAGAUGGGAUUCAUCCGCCCAGAGGCCCUGCGAGAGCUGGUCUCCUCGCUCUUCAACUCCGUCAUGGAAGCACCUUGGGAGAGCAUCGUGCAAACCGUCGCUCAGGUGCCGCGGCAUCGCUCCAGCUCCAAGGAGGCGCCAGGGCAACCGGUGCCGACCAGCGAGCUACCGGAGCGGAAGGAGCUACCGGAGGCUGCCGAGGUGGAGCCACAGGCAGUGGAAGUGGAGGAGUCACCAGUCGCCGCACCACCCGUGCCGGUGCCAGCAGCGGCAGUCUCCGAAGUCUCAGGCGAGGAUCCUCCUGUGGCCCAGCCAAUGCAGCCGGACAGGUGA